AUGGAAGACUUCAGAUCCAAAUCUUACGGCGACGGAAGGAUGCAGAUUGAGCCUUACCAUGGAACCGGCAUGCAAGAUCUCCGUUGUUACAGCGCCUCCUACGCCUCUUCUGUGCACCCAACGCAAAUCCAAACAGCUAACAACAACAACAUCAACGAUGCAAAGUUCAAAAAGGGAAAAUCGACAAAUGGGUCCACAUCGAAAAGUUGGAGCUUCAGUGACCCCGAGUUACAGCGUAAAAAGAGGGUCGCUAGCUACAAGGUAUAUGCAGUUGAAGGAAAACUGAAAGGGUCCCUGAGGAAGAGUUUUAAGUGGCUCAAGGACAGAUGUAACAGAGUUGUCUAUGGCUGGUAA